GAGAGAUUGUUUGUCAGUGAGGAGAGCGUUGAUGGAUUUCUAGGCACUGCUUUGUGCCCUUCCCCUUGCUCCCAAUCAGCCCUGGAAAGGCAGCCAUUAAUUGAAGUGCUGGAUGUUACUGAGGACAGAAUUCAAAUCAGGGUGGAGCCACAGGAACGUGAUGGACAAGGAACUCUUGGCAGCUCAGAGGGAGCCCUGGCCGGACAGACCGAGAGCAACUGCCCCGAAACAAAGGCAGAAACAAAGUGUCCUGCAGCCGAGGGAGGUGCUGCGGGCCCGGGAACAAUGGGAGCGGCAGCCGGCUGUGCUUCACCCCAUUGUUCGCAGCCUGAACCUCCUGCCUCCAGCUCAGCCCUUCCCGGCGGGUCUGCGGGAGCCCAGCCCGAUUUAGAAAGUGCUGCUGCAGCAGGAGGAGCGGCCACAGCCCCGGGAGCAGGGGCAGGAGAGCGGCAGGGGGACGGGGACGGGGCAGAGUGCCCCAUCCUGAGGGAGGUGAGCCCUGAGAAGGGCAGCGAGCGCGUCCUGUGCGAUCAGCACACGCACUGCCCCCUGCACUUCCACAGCUCCCUGCUCUGUCAGCUGGACUGAUUUCAUUGUUUUAGAACUUCCUUCCUUUUUUGAUGCUUGUUCUGACUCCCAUGGGGAUGGGCAGGGAGCAGGAUCCCCCAUCCUGAGAGAGGUGAACCCCCAGGACGGCAGUGAGCACAUCCUGCUUGACAAACCAUUUUUGUCACCGCCUUGUGCACUUCCACAGCUCCCUGCUUUAUCAGCCGGAUUGAUUUCAUUGUUUUAGCAUUUCCUUCUCUUGUUUGAUGCUUGUUCUGACUCCCAUGGGGAUGGAGAUUGGGCAGGGUCCCCCAUCCUGAGAGAGGUGAACCCCCAGGACGGCAGUGAGCGCAUCCUCCAUGAUCACCACACGCUGCUCCCUGCUCUGUCAGCUGGAUUAUUUUCAUUGUUUUAGCAUUUCUUUCUCCUGUUUGAUGCUUGUUCUGACUCCCACGUACUGGUGGGUGACACGGAGGCCGUGGGUUCCCACUGAAACUGUUGCAACACCAAAACUUCCCAUUGUUAACAGUUUAUCAAUUCCCCAAUUUGUUGCAAUAAUUUUUACUUGUAAGAAAAGUUGCAGUUGGAGGUGAGCUCCUGGAAAAAAAAAAUGUAUCUUUAUUGUUUACAUAAAUUUUUUAUUCUCUUC